AUGGAUUUCCUGCUGGCCAGGGAAGCAGCGCCGUACGCGGCCGCAGGCUGCAGGCCAAGUGGGGAGUUCCCCGUAGGCGACACUCAGCCGUUUGAAACGAGCAUUCCGUGUGUGUCCAUCACGCUACAGUUCAAAGCAAAGAGCGUCCAGAAUGGAGCGCGCUCGAAGCCUACUGCCGAGGAGGCUGGCGAUGCAGCGGCAUGUCCGUGCGCGGUCGAUUUGUCGGAGGUGGACGGGGUUUUGGACGACUUGGCCGCGUCUCCCGCAGGGUAUUUCGUGUGUAAAUUGCACAGGCUGCUGAAACGCCUGGAACCGCGCGGAAGUGAGAACGCAGAACAACCCAGUCGCUCGCAGGACGAGCGGCCAGGCGCACACGGCGACUGCGUUGCCAGCUUCCAGUGUCGAGUGUUUGGCACACUGCUGGACGUCUCAGACUUCCUGUGGCGCGUCGGGGAACUCUACCUCGUCAUUCAGCCUCUCGGCGCUUCGCGCAGAGCCCGCAGGCAAGCGCACUCAAGUCCGCGGCCAGCACAUUCCCCGCAGGAGCGCGGAGACCGCCGGCAACGUGCGGAGUCGCGCGAGAACUCGCGGAAGCGAGAGACGUCCAUCGGGCCGGACACCCGACAGGACAGGCGCGUCUCGUUUUCCUCGGCGAGAGACACCGAGAGCGACAGAGACGAACUGGACGAAGAUCCAGGCCAGGAACCGCGCUACGUCACUUUUAGCCUCAAAGAAGUUCUGGAUGGACCGACGCCGGGGAGGCGCGCGCCGCCGAACGCCGACGGCCGACUUCGCGAGUUCGACAACGAAGUUCAGUUGGAUCCUGGAGACGAUGGUACGCUGCUGUGGGUUCGGCUGCGUCUUGAGGAAUUUGAAGUCCCCUACGGGACAGACCGAGACCAUCCGUCGCUGCCUCCCAGAGAAGCCGGAGACGCGUUUGUGUUGUCCCUCAGCAUCGUUGAAAACCGGAGCCUGCGCGCCCUGGUUCGGCUGGGAGAGGCGCACGGGCGAAAACUCGAAGGCAGUCUCGGGGAAGAAGGUGCGUCCCACAAACUGGCGAAAGUCUCUGCCGCAUCGCCGGGCGACUCCACUCGCCUGUCGCUUCGCCUCGGGACUGCGCGGCGUCCGUGUGCCCCGUCGCCGCUCGACGCGCAGAAACCCCCUGGCUGCGAAGCCGAGAGACAGCCCGCGCUCGUCCCGCAGUGUCGCUUCGCGCUUGCCCUCGUCGGCAGCUGGGCAGAGGCGCUCUUGUACUUCAAGAGCUUGGCGACCGCGUGGGUCCAGCUGGAACUGCCGAGAGAAGACGAGCGGGAGAGACCGGUGAUGCCGGAAAAACUCGGCCGCGGAAGAUCCGCGAGCCUCCGCCGAGCCGCGCAUGCACGUCCGAUGGAGCUCUCGAUCGACUUGACUCCGCUCGCCACGCGCGUCGCGCAGCAUCUGGCCAUGCUUCACCACGCGGACGCCUUCCCGCCCGGCACGGCGCCUUCCCCGUCCCUGGUCUUGACGAAUUCGCUCUGUGCGCUGCUCCAUUCCUCGAACCACCCGCGGCAGCCGCGCCGCAUCUCGCUGCAGGCACAGCUGCUCUUCCUGGUUUUCAAAGACCACCCGACCGGGACGCCUGACUCGGCUCGUGAACUCCCUUCGCCAUCUCUCCAACCCCGUCGCGACUCUCUCGCCUCGCCCCAGGGGCCGCGCUGUGAAAGGCCCGACGCUCUGGCGAGUCUCUCCCGCGGUUCGCUCUCGGAGGCUGCUUUCCAGCCGCUCAGUCACGACAGCCCACGGCCGACCGAACGCGAAGUCGACAGGAACCGCGAAGACGGAAAGGAGAACGAUUCUCAGUGUCUGAAUCGCGCGGACGCGCCACGCCUCGCGCCUCUCGGCGAUGGACCUGACGCCGAGAGCGACUCCAGAACGUGCGACGAGGCGCAAGAACGGAGAACUCACCCGGGGCUCCCCUCGCCAGGGCGAUGUGAACGUGGCGCCGCUGGGGCUGUUGCGGCGACAGCAGCUGCGGCGUCCAUGCCUGCUGCAAUGUUGAACGGGCAGACUAAGACGGGGAACGAGGGCGUGCAGAGCGUGUCUUCGCUUCCGCAGUUUACGCUGAAAAACGUCCUGAGCCCGGCACAGUGUCUCGACGAGGGAUUUCCCUGCACUUCGGUUGCCUUGCCGACGCAGAAUCUCCCGGGUCACGGCCAGUGCCAGCCGGCGAUUUGGAGGCUCUCAGUCGACCUGGUCUCUCUGCAGCUGAGGGCGGAGACGCUGGCUAGCCGCAGAGCGGUGUACGUACACUACACCUACGCGCCUUUUGGGCCUCAACACAGCUUCUCGACGGAGCCCCCCGUGGACUGCAGCAGUGGCGAGGCGGUUCCCCUUUCCGGGGGCUUUUGCGCCUACACCUUGACUGCGUCGCCGGCGCGGCUCUUCCAGUCCCUUCGGACGACGCCGCUGGAGCUCGAGGUGUUUGGGCUCGCCGACGCACGGGCCGCUUCGCCUCCUGUCUCGCGUCGCGCGUCUCUCUGCGCGCUGAGCAGACGCAGCGGCUCUUCGGUUCCGCCUUCGCCGCGGGCGCCGCGGGGCGAGCUGAAGGCGCUUCGCGCCGAGAAGGUGGGGACUGCCGUCGUCGACUUGGACCUCUUGGCCCAGAAGCCGCUGCGGCGCCACAGCCAAGCGCCCCACGACUACCAGGCGUACAGCGCGAUGCUUCCGGUCACAGCGGAGAACGGCGAGAUCCUGGGUCACCUGCACAUACAGCUGUACUUGGAACACCUGCGCUCGGCGUCGGCGACUCCCCCUUCCAGCGCUUCGGCUCCUGCGAGGGCGGAGCGGCGCGAGUCCAGCUUUUCGCGAGUGUCGCCGGAGGCGGCUGUCGCUGGAAGUGGCGAGAAGAACGGCCUCUCCUUCUCUGUCGCGUACGAGAUGGAGCUCUGGAAACGAGCGGAGGAGGCGAAGUUUCUCGCUGAACUGAAGACUCGCGCGGUGGAGGAACGGGAGAAAUUCCUGGAAGAAAUGCGACGAGUGGAGAAUGCGAAGAAUCAGGAGAUACGAGGCAAGCAAGAGGCGCUCCAACACCUCCAACUGCAGCUGAAACAGAUGGCGCAGCAACUGCAACAAAAAGCUCUGGAACUCCAGAGCAGAGAAAACGACCUGCGAAGCGAAAGGGAGAGAUGUCUCCAGUUGGCCGCCCGGACCAGCGACGAGAUGACGGGGGCAACGCGCCGUCUCCGGGAAGAAAAGGAGCACGCGGUACAGCUGGAAAAGCAGCGAAGCCACCUCCUGGAGCGUCAGAAUGCGGAGUUGCAGAGUGAGGUGACACGCAUUAGGGCGCGACUGGACUUCCUCGAGGAGGAAAACUGCGAGCUCAGACAGCACCUCACCAGCGGUCCCACUGCGCAGCUUCAGUCCGAUCUCAAACUGAAACUCUAUCAGGUUGCAGAUCUCGAGAGCCGCCUCACUGCGAUGACUGCCUCCCGAGACUACUUCGUGGAGAGCUGUGCGACGUUGCUGGACAAACUGCAUGCAGUGAAAGAGCAAACUGCCUCUGGCCUCUCGCCGCGGUUGGAGGCGACAGUCGAGAGCCGGAUGGCGUCUCUUCGCUCCGAGAUCGGCAGCCUGCGUCUCGCGAUUCUCGAAAGUCAGCAGGCGAAGGCUUCUUCGAGUCCCCGUCGCCAGGCUGUCCAGGCCGCCGCUCUCCCGACGCAAGACAGCUCAGCGCUUCGCGGGCACUCAGAGACCUCGCUCGCUCUGCCUGCGCUUCCUCCCUCUUCUUUCUCUUCCACCCUCUCUGCGCCUCCGGGCGCCUUCCGUGAGGCGAGCACGCCGUCGCUGAAGCAGAAGGGAAACCACUUGGCGCCGGAUGUGCCUCCAGUGCCACACACAGAGCCGCUGCAGGCGGCGGGGCAGUCUGAGGGCGAGGCGGGGCCCGACGCGAAGGCCGAGGAAAUCGAGAGCAAGGUGAGCGUCAUCGAGAAGGAACUCGAGAGGCUCUUGAAGAACGGCGCGUACACAGAAGAAGACACCAUGGUGCAGGCCCUGAGAGGGAAGAUUGGACGACUCAGAGCCAUGAAACGGCUUCUUUGA